GUGGAACAUAAGCUGCUGCCUUGGCCAAGCCAGUAGCUAUAGUUACCACAUCAAAAGUCAGUAGUUAUAGUAACCAAUCCCGAAGACUCAUUUGGAUGUAACUUUUAGAUAGACAAUGUAUAUCUUUAAUAGGAAAACAAUAUGUAUGUUAGCAGCUUUUACAGUAACAACCGUGAUUAUAACAACCACAACAGAUGGCGCUAACAUAAACUUGACAGAGACCAAAUCAGAUGAUAGUAAGUCUGAAGGGGACGUUGCACAUAUAUUAGCAAAACGCCGAAACGGAAACUACCAACGAAUCACGAAGCUGAAUGAUAUAUACCAACGAUUAUCAUACAUUAAAGCUAAAUUAACAGCAGGUUAUGAUAAGAAACUUGAGAAGGAAUCAAGAAAACUUCAAAAGAAAAUAUCAAAAUAUCAGAGAAAACUGAAGAAAGGUACUAGUGAUGGUAUUAGCUUCUACAUUGGCAAAGAUGAUCCUCUUGAUGACGAAUUGACUCUCGCUUCUCUCUCUACUUUCUCUUUUCCUCCCAAAACCAAACCCAACCAAAGCCCACGCGCUUACGGUGAUGACACUAGCUUCUACACUGGCAAAGAUGGUACUUUCGCUGACGAUUUACCCCCCUCCUCUCUCUCUACUUUCUUCUUUCCUCCCAAAAAACAACAGAACUGGAAACUCAACAUUUGCUUUCAAAUAGAUCAGCAAGUUUAUGAUUCUUUUACCCUGGGAAGCCCAGGUUCCACAAGGGCACACGUAGAAGCAUUUUUAUUCCAGGCAAUGCAGAGAGCUAAUAUGCUUUGGCAGCAAAAUUAUAUAAAACUAAAAAUAAGGGCAAUACAACGAUUGGGCGAUAAUAUUGAUUUAUCACUAUAUAAAACAGACCCAUUGUCUUAUUGGAGCAGACAAAAUUCCUGUGGAGUUUUCAACAAAGCUUAUAAUUGUGACGCUUCAUUUCUUAUAACAAGCUCAGGAAUUCUUGGAGACAGACAAAGUGCCUUUCACCAAGAGUCAUAUUUCUGUGCUGGAAAAGGUUGUGCAAUCAUCAGCUAUUCUCCUAAUAUGAAGACUGAUAUGGUUGGACAAGCCAUAGCAAUUGAGCUAGGCCAUUUGUUGGGACUGUUUGAUGAUGAAUCUCAUCGCUGUGAUCACAGGGAGGCUAACGGAAACAUAUGUGUUGCCGAAUCAUGUGUGAUGAACUCCAUAACAUCGAUGGACAUGCUACCUAAAACUUGGAGUUCUUGUAGUAUUGGAAAACUGGCCAUGGCAUUAUCAGUUAAAAAUGAAACUCAAUGCUUCCGAAAGCCUUCUUUGAGAGCAGCUAGAAUUUUAAAAAUCAUUAAAAAAUCAGGGAUACCUGGAGUAUGUGGGAAUGGUGAAACAGAGAUUGGAGAGAUAUGUGACUGCCCCCUGCGUUUAUGCACAGAAGAGUUCUACAACGACCCAGAAAACAAUUGCGACCCUUUUACCUGUAAGGUCCUCCCCUCUCAGGAUCUCCCCGUUGUCGGUGAUGUAACUGGCCCCCAGAUUAUCCCUUUAUGUGGUAAUGGCAAAGUAGAAAAAGGUGAGGAAUGUGACUGCAAACACAGGAGAUUUGAGACUUGCGAUGAUCCAAGAUGUGAGGCAUUGAUUUGUAAACUAAGAAGCUGUGGAAAUGGAAAAAUUGAUGAUGGUGAAGAAUGUGACUGCGAACCAGAUGGGGCUUGCUGGAACACUGGUGCUGAGUCCAGCGGUUGCUGUAACAGAAAAACAUGUAAAUAUGAUACUUUGGCUGAAUGUACAUAUGCAAAUAUGACAGGACUUUGUAACAGUGGGGUUUGUACUAUAAACAAUCCCUGCUCUACGUUAUUCAAAAUAGCAGGUUCAACGGUGCCUGGGGAGACCUAUAGGAAAAACUCCCUACAAGGAGAAGCGUCUCUUUUUGCCGGCGCUGGAGCUGCUGUAAGACUUCGAUAUAGCGACUUCAACAAGGAAGGGCAAAUGUGGCAGCCUUAUGUUGUAAAGCAGAGUGAUGGCACCAUGAUAACAUCCUCUGAUUAUCCACAGCUAGACAUAAGUGGAGAUUGUGGAAUUGUGAUCUGUGCUAGAGAUGCAGCCAUAGUGAAUGAAGUAGAUGUUGACUAUUUCAAAGAUGGAGCGCUAAAAAUUCCCUAUAGGAAUAUAGGGUUCGUAUCUGUUGAUGUUGGUUUCAAUUCAACUAUAUGGACUGCAGAAAUAGCUCGGCAGGGGACAAGGUGCACUGCCCAGGUAGAUAUAGAUGGCGAACUACAAAUUGGUGUCUGCACUCACCAGAUUAAUCAAUGGCAAGUCACUGAUACCCGGACAGUUACAUACAAGAGCGGUAUAUGCAACAUACAGGCGAGAGAACGAUGCAUUGGAAAGAACACCAACAAAUGUGAAUUCUAAAACAGAUACGAAUAUCUUUGGAUGAUCAUUUGAAGACUAAUCUAACACAAAACAAACUGAGUAAUAUCGCCUUUGGAAUUCAUCUGAGCAUCUUAUCAGUAUCUACUGAUACUAAAUGACAGUUUUGAAAUAAUAUAAAGUCGAUUUUUAGGGGAUUUAAUUGAAUGAAUUAGCUACUUAAUUAUGCAAGGAUGCGUGUAUAUUAACUAAUUUGUAAUACAUUCCUGUGUUUAUGUAUCUACAUGUUGUUCAAUAAGUGUAUAAUUGCAACGAGGUGAUUAUUUCCAUAAAAUGGAUCUUAAAGAAAAUCUACGCCAUC